CGUUCGCCGCGGGGGUGGCUCCGGGGCCUGAGUAGGCGCCGCCGCUGCCUCAGCCGAGGGGGCCGGGCCGGAGCGUGCGGAGGAGUGAGGCCGCAGGAGACCUUCCUGACGACCCCUGCUCCGGCGGGGAAGUGAGCAAGGAUGAUUGAGGAAAGUGGGAACAAGCGGAAGACCAUGGCAGAGAAGAGGCAGCUGUUCAUAGAAAUGCGUGCUCAGAAUUUUGAUGUCAUACGACUAUCAACUUACAGAACAGCCUGCAAAUUACGAUUUGUACAAAAACGAUGCAACCUUCAUCUUGUUGAUAUCUGGAACAUGAUUGAAGCCUUCCGAGACAAUGGCCUUAAUACACUGGACCAUACCACCGAGAUCAGUGUGUCCCGCCUCGAAACUGUCAUCUCCUCCAUCUACUAUCAGUUGAACAAGCGCCUUCCUUCUACUCACCAAAUUAGUGUGGAACAAUCUAUCAGCCUCCUCCUCAACUUUAUGAUUGCUGCAUAUGACAGUGAGGGCCGAGGCAAGUUGACGGUAUUUUCAGUUAAAGCUAUGUUAGCAACCAUGUGUGGUGGAAAAAUGCUGGACAAAUUGAGAUAUGUUUUCUCCCAGAUGUCAGAUUCCAAUGGCUUAAUGAUAUUUAGCAAGUUUGACCAGUUUCUGAAGGAAGUUCUGAAGCUCCCAACAGCUGUCUUUGAAGGGCCAUCUUUUGGUUACACAGAGCACUCAGUCCGCACCUGUUUUCCACAGCAGAGAAAGAUAAUGCUAAAUAUGUUUUUAGACACGAUGAUGGCUGACCCUCCUCCCCAGUGCCUUGUCUGGCUACCUCUCAUGCACAGGCUUGCCCAUGUUGAGAAUGUCUUCCAUCCCGUGGAGUGCUCCUACUGCCGAUGUGAGAGUAUGAUGGGUUUCCGGUACCGAUGCCAGCAGUGCCACAACUAUCAGCUCUGCCAGAAUUGCUUUUGGCGUGGCCAUGCCGGCGGCCCUCACAGCAACCAGCACCAGAUGAAGGAGCAUUCCUCUUGGAAAUCUCCUGCAAAGAAGCUGAGCCAUGCAAUUAGUAAAUCUUUGGGGUGUGUACCCACGAGAGAACCCCCGCAUCCUGUUUUUCCUGAGCAACCAGAGAAACCACUUGACCUUGCACAUAUAGUUCCUCCUCGCCCUCUGACUAAUAUGAAUGACACCGUGGUUAGCCACAUGUCCUCUGGAGUGCCCACUCCCACCAAGAGGUUACAGUAUAGCCAGGAUAUACCCAGUCACUUGGCCGAUGAGCAUGCGCUGAUAGCCUCCUAUGUGGCCCGUCUGCAGCACUGUGCACGUGUUCUGGACAGUCCUAGCCGACUGGAUGAGGAACACCGUCUUAUAGCUCGCUAUGCUGCCCGGCUGGCUGCAGAAGCAGGAAACGUGACUCGUCCUCCCACUGACUUGAGCUUUAACUUUGAUGCCAACAAACAACAAAGACAGCUUAUUGCAGAACUGGAAAACAAAAACAGAGAGAUCCUGCAGGAGAUUCAGCGUCUCCGCCUGGAACACGAGCAGGCCUCCCAGCCCACCCCUGAGAAGGCACAGCAGAACCCCACGCUGCUGGCAGAGCUGCGGCUGCUGAGGCUUCUCGUCUUGGAUAGGCAAAGGAAGGAUGAACUGGAGCAGAGGAUGUCGGCCCUGCAGGAGAGCAGGCGGGAGCUGAUGGUCCAGCUGGAAGAGCUGAUGAAGUUGCUGAAGGAGGAAGAGCAAAAGCAGGCAGCUCAGGCCACAGGGUCACCACAUACAUCGCCCACCCAUGGAGGCGGCCGGCCGAUGCCCAUGCCAGUGCGCUCCACGUCUGCCGGCUCCACCCCCACCCACUGUCCGCAGGACUCGCUGAGCGGAGUCGGGGGAGACGUGCAGGAGGCCUUCGCACAAGGUACGAGGAGAAACCUCCGCAAUGACCUGCUGGUGGCAGCUGACUCCAUCACCAACACCAUGUCAUCCCUGGUGAAGGAGCUCCAUUCAGGAACACACUGGAUGUCUCCACCCAGAGAGCCUCUGUCACACAGGAUCACGUAGGGACGGUUUCACAUUCAGGCCUAUCUCAGGAGUGCAUCUUGUGGAGCAAGCUGAAUGUAGAGAAAUUCAGACCUUUCAGUGCAGGCAGGCCCCUUCCUCACUUACCUCGUCUUCCAUCUGUACUUUGUCCACAGCCGCUCUCUCCCUAGGCCUGACCGACCACCUCAUUCUGAAACUUCCCUGGAGGUCUGGAGCGGAAUCAGCCAGGAAAGCUCUGGACCUUCCCCUGCUGCCUUUCUGCUCUCUCCUGUUUGAUUUGUUUUUGAAACCUAUUCCCUCCUUUUGUCCGUGACCAGGCUCUGAUUUCACCUGAAGUUCAUGACCUGAGUCUGUCGCCUCUUCUGCUCCUUGUGUUCAGCUCAUCUGUGACUUCUUUCUCAGUCUCUGCAUCACCUCACCAAUUCAGUGACUUCCCAAAGACCUUUACCUUGUGGCAUUUCACCUUACAUAAAACCCAGGAAAGAGAGAGAAAAUAAAAGGCCAUUCACGUAUCCUCCUAUCUCCAGGAAUCCCCAUGACUCUACCAGUUACUUAGGGGCCAGAGAGUCACUAACGAUUUCACAGCGGUGGGGUCUCCAUGUUUUGUGUUAAACUAAUGGGUUCCCUCCCUAAGUGCUGUAGGUCACUCACACUGAUGGCUCUCUUUUGUUUCUUUCCACCUAAUGUAGUGCUUUUAAAUACCUUGAAGUAGCUUAACAGGAUUAUUAAAUAAAAAGAUAAAGCAGUUUUUCCAC